AGACGCAAGGCAGCCUGGGUAAAUUGACAGUGAAAGCGGCGGGAGCAUCAUAUUCAUCCCUCAUAUGUUACGUUAAUGUCCGGCAGUUAUUCUGAACUUCAAUUAAGUCGGUAGCUAUAAGUCUGAACUGAGUGGCGUAAAUAAGGCUCGAGUUUAGUGACUUAUUGUCCGAGCUGUUUAGUAGAUAAUACUGCUUUCUCUUACUCUCAACCUCUUGUUUUGAAGGUGCUUUUAACCAGGUGUCUGGUCUGAACGUUUGUUUUUGGUUAGCCAGCUUUAGCGCUUCGACAACAAUGGCGAAGGUCCAGGUGUUAAAUGUGGCCGUCCUAGAUAACCCGAGUCGCUUUGGAAACCCUUUUCAGUUUGAGAUCACAUUUGAGUGUAUGGAGGACCUUCCCGAAGACCUUGAAUGGAAGAUCAUCUACGUUGGCUCAGCAGAGAGCGAAGAGUACGAUCAAAUCCUCGACUCUGUCUUGGUCGGUCCUGUGCCCGCUGGGAGACAUAUGUUUGUGUUUCAGGCUGAUGCCCCAAAUACUGGAUUGAUUCCUGAAAGCGAUGCUGUUGGUGUGACUGUAGUGCUUAUUACCUGCACAUACCGUGGCCAGGAGUUCAUUCGCAUCGGUUACUACGUGAACAAUGAAUACACAGAACCGGAGCUUCGGGAAAAUCCACCAAUCAAGCCAAACUACACACAGCUCCAAAGAAAUAUUCUGGCAUCAAACCCGCGUGUGACUAGAUUUCAUAUAAACUGGGAAGGCUGUGCAGAGCGAAUGGAGGACUGUGAAAAUGUGGAUCCCACAUCAAACUCCAUGCUCCCUCCUUCUUGUCUCCCGGGAAAGGCCCCCCCAUUGGGGCUGCUACCGGAUAACUCUAUGGACUGCUUAUAGAGACGAUCCCGCCCCAAACGUGGUAACUCGCAGAUGAGACCUUUAUAUUUGAAGAAUGCGUGCGGACGUUCUAGUGUGCAUGAAUAGAUAUCUUUGCCUUACAGCUACCCUUAUUUACCUGAAGGCUGUCAGAAACAAACUCUUACCUUCAGCUUCAGAUAUGUGUCAUUUCCAAGGAAGAUUAUGACUAUCUGACACUUACAGAUUGGGAGUUCAUUGCCAUGAUGUUGAGCAAUAUCAAAGUUGAUUGACUCAUGGAAUGAAAAAAGGUAACUAACUACAUGGAAUCCUGCCGCUCAACUGAAACGUUGCAAGCUGAUGUGUGAUUCACCUUCCUUCCUUUUGUUUCAGAACUCUUUUAUACCUGUAUGAGAAGAUUACAGCAACAAAGCUAAAGUCAAAUAAAUUAUAAUACAUUGGCGGAAUUUUAUAUUCUGCCAUUAUAUUUGCGUUCAAAUUAUUUUUUUUGCACUUAAACAUUUUCCCACUUAGAUUGUUGUUGUGUAUGGGAUACAUGCAUGUUUUUUUUGUUGUUUUUUUUGCAACUUUCCAAAAUUAAAAUAUUAGUAAUGUAUGUGUAAGUGGAUCUCUGAGCAACAAUAUUCCUCUGUAGUAAUUUUGUUUUAACGUUUAAUCAUAAAGGAUACAUAACAUAAACCAUUUUUAUAUCACUGCUGAAAACCAGUGUUAUCACUCCGACCUUCUUAUAAUCAUGUUUUACACAACAAAAAUAAAAAAUACACAAAUAACACUGCUAGUGUUAUUUUCACAUUUGUCUAAAAAUAGCUCGUGUUAACGUCACACCCAAUCACAGAUCGUCGGGUAAAAGGGGUGGCUAGGCUACAGAACCGGCUUUGAAAUGACUGCUCUGCAACUGGGACUUCGAUUUUAAAAUGCGACAACGUUUUA